GUACGUUGAUGACGUCCCACCUGCGAGUCACCAUUGCGGACCACUAACGACGGACACGCCGGAGAGGCGAGCUGACGCGCCCAAUCACACACAGUCCUCUGACCAGAACCGUGCAGCCCGCCAGCCAAACGUCCAUGAUCGACUGUCUGCGCUGUUAUGGGCUUGGCUGCUGCGCGACCCAAGUGCGCAGAGCCCACCGGACGAGCGACGUGUCGCGAUCUGGUUUAGGCACGGGCAGUGGUGCGCACGAUCAUCUUCGUUACGGCCCGCCGCAACUCAUCACUGCCCGACAGACCCGUGCAUGCCCAGGAGCAGGCUCACUGUCCAAUCGACAGUGCGCGCGCUGCCCUCCUGGAGCUUCGACGCGCAGGGAGACGCACGCCCGCGUCGUAGGACAAGCGGUGUGGGAGAAGGCCACUGUCCUGUAUAUGGGCAGCUUCGCGGUGGGGCGGUCUCUGCUCGGUUGUGCCCCCGAUGCGCGCAGUGCGCCGCCGUCGCUGGCACAGAACGGUACGGCGCGUUGCGUGUGUACCGACGUUCACUCACCUCCACUCCCAGAGACAUCCAUCUCGCGAGAGACGUGUGGUAUCGCCCGCGUCCAGGCGAUGUUCUCUCGCGCCCAGCGCCGCUGUGUGCAAGACGCGGAUGGCUCGCCCGCCGUCACACCGAGGCACAGCCUUGCUCGUGCUCCGCAAGCCCCCCAAGUCGACGGUUGUCCGUCUCCCGCCGGCCCCCGUCGUGCUGCCUGCCCAGACACGUCGAUAGCCGUCCAGCACGUCGGGCGCAGGGUCCACCGUUCUCGUCGCGCGGCUCUGGCCGUGCCGGCCAUGGCCUGAGUCGUCAUGGACGACGGCGAGCUGGUCGAGCACGGCACUCCUGAGGACCUCUUCGCGCGCCCAGACAGCCGCUUUGCACGGCUCGCCGCCAGCCAGGGCAUCGUCCGCAAGCAGCUCCAAUGAUCAGGAUCCUAUUCCUCGUCCAGUCCAGUCAGGUGCCGCGGAGGAUGCUACGUACACACGAUACCGUCUUUCAUGAAUGCGAAACGCGGGAGUUAAUCAAGAAUUAAGGGGCGGGCGGCGGAACGAAGGUGCCCGUAGCCGAGUCUGGUGGUAUGUGGGUAGUAAGUAGCGCUGUAAGUCUAGACGAGUCCGUGCGCGUGUCAGAGCAUGAGAGCGAUGAUGA